ACGAAUUUGUGAACCUCACGCUGCACGGCGGCAGUGUCCUUCCUCCUCGCGAGUCAAGUCGGGGAUAAACAUCGAGCGAGCGAAGCCAUGGCCGCGCCAGCGACGCUGAGGCCAUCGCUGAUCCUGCCGCGUGCCUCCUCGCACGCUCACUCCCAUUCAAGCGCCGUCGGCCCCACCUCCAACCGCGUCGCCGCCUCACACCGCCGCCGUGGCGACUUCGUCUUCGUCGUCAACCCCUCCGGCGCCAAUGGCCGCACGGGCAAGCAGUGGAAGCAGCUGCUCCCCCACCUCCGCACCCGCCUCGCCGAUCAGUGCAACAUUUGCGAGUGCAUCACCUCGGGCCCGUCCCACGCCAUAGAUGUCACAAGGGAGGCUAUAAAGGAUGGGGCUGAUGCCGUGAUCGCUGUUGGUGGCGAUGGUACGCUUCAUGAGGUGGUGAAUGGCUUCUUUUGGAAACGAAGUCCAGUGCGUGCUCUAGAUCGAGGGCCUGACCAUUCAACGGCGCUUGGUCUCAUUCCACUUGGAACUGGCUCAGACUUUGCUCGGACAUUUGGCUGGACAAAUGAUCCUCGUGACGCGAUUGAACCAAUAGUGAGAGGAGUAAAAUCAAAACUAGACAUAGGCAUGAUGGAGGGUCCAAACAGAGAACCACACUUUUUUGUUAAUGUUGCUGAUAUCCAUUUGAGUGCUAAGGCAGGCUAUUUUGCUUCCAUGUACAAGAGAUUUGGCAACUUAUGCUAUGUAUUUGGAGCUCUAAGAGCCUUUUGGGGACAUAACAAUCGAGAUCUGAGAAUAAAGGUAAAUGGGGGAGAUUGGAGAACCGUCCAUAAAGUCACUGCCCUAUGCAUAGGAAAUGCCAAGUACUUUGGCGGUGGUAUGAAGAUAACCCCAACAGCUGAUCCCUUUAGCGGCAACCUUGAGGUUGUUAUUCUUCAAGACUUCAAAUGGUACGAUUUUCUUCUUAAGCUACACAGGCUGUAUGGGGGCACACAUCUCUCAGUGAAUGGCGUGUCAUCAAUAAGAGUUCAGUCAAUCGAAGUAGCGGAGGUGGCGGCUAAUGGUGACAUCUUUGUGCAAUGUGAUGGGGAGCACUUCGGCUUUCUGCCAACCAAAUUUUCAGUUCUUCCUGGUGCAGUUGAUUUCUUCUGCUAGAUCACUAUGCUCUGUUUUCCUGUUGGACUGACAGAAGAUGCACGAUUCUUGGUCAACUCACCGUUUCGAAAUGAUAUGGCAAUCGAGUUGGUCCAUUCAUCUCCAGCUCCAGGCAGUACACGAGACAAACUCUGCCGUGCUGUAGCACUCUAGCAUGUAAUUACUGUAUUUAAUGCAGCACACGAUGCCGGAGUCACUGCUGAUCGUAGACUAGCCGUAAAAUUUGGUGAGGGCAGGUGUACGAGUGUAUCUAACUGUUAUUUCCCCCUUUUUUUUCGUUCUCGAAAUAACACUGUUGAAUUAUUCUGGCAGCAAUGUAAAUUUCACGGCGACUUUCAGGCCUGUACCAUGUGGCAAUAAUACUGUUUGGCUGUUGCUUAA